UUGAUCGGUGUGGUGGUAGGCGUUUUCGUUCUUGUUGCACCAAGUCAAGUCUUGGCUCUCAGCACUAAGAUGACAGGAGUUGGGGGCGGAUUUCUCUUGGAAUAUAUCGUUGUAGUUACCUCCUAACGAGUAUAACCCGUUGAAUUCCACGUUGUUAUUAAAGCGACCUUCGUUCGCCACCUCCUCUUCAUAUUAUCUACCACCAAUUGAAUUUUGAUGCCGUCACGAUGAACAUCAACUGUAUUCCACCAGCGUCGCUGAUCGAUAAGGAUAUUAUCGAGACUCUUUGUCACAGCCCGGAAUCAUCCCAUGAUCAAUUCCAUGCUUUCUUUCGCUUUUAUUGCAAUACUCUAUGUGCCGACUUGUUUCCCACUGGUACACUUACUAAUUCUUUCACGCACCCCCUAGCAUCGUCUAUAGACGUUAUUAAGGCAAUCUCAAUAUUGAGGUCCCAAUGUGGAACAUCCAAGGAGACCCUCAUUGGGCAAUUAUUCCCCGAUAUACCCAAAGAUAAGCAGGAACAAUCUUUAAGAACGCUGGUAAAAGUUGCCUUCAUGUUGGAUACGGCGUCCUACAAGAGCUUCUCUGAUGACUUCCAACUUCGUUUCGGGGAUACUUUCCCUGUGAAUUGGAAAGACGAUCAGAGUUUGGUUGACUUCAUCCAAGCCACUUUUGCUCCUUCAGUAUACCGAGCUACGGAGACUCACAACAAGCUCAAAGCCUGGAAGCUCAAAAAGCGUCAUGGAGUAUCCAUCGUGCCAACAAAUGACCUAAUCCAGCACUUGCUAUAUGAUCCUAGAAGCAGGACCUUGACCGUGUUCCAUCAAGUUGCUUGGCUGAAAGCCCAACUGAGGUAUGCGGCUGAGUGUAGUGGUAUAGUAACGGAUAAAGAAUAUAUAGAAAGGGGUAUCCUACCACCACGGAUUCUGCGCGAGACACUAUAUUCGAUUUAUCGGAUUUUAUUCCCUCUCGACGAAAAAUCAGCCAAGUUUACCAGACAAUUAGUUAAUGAGCAGAAUGGACGUUUCGACGAUAGUUUAAUGCUGGAUCCUGGUAUUAUUCAUCCCAUGUCGGAACCUUUCGAGCUGGCUUUUUGGGGGAAGCGAUUACGGCGGCUGGAAGAUGUUGUGGCUCAUCCGCCGCCUACAAAUACACUUAUUUCUUGGAUCGAAAGGCACACAUCGGAAAGGAAUGCUUUAACCGUGGCGAUCGCAGGCUUGUUCUUUGCGGCCCUUUUUGGCCUUCUAAGUGUUAUGGUUGGUGUUGCGCAACUAAUACUUUCUUAUUAUGCGUGGAAAUAUCCAACUUAGGCUUUCCAUUUAGGCUUUCAUUUAAUAAAUAAACUCAAUACGAAUGCAA